ACCACCGCCAUCGAUCACCGCACCUCAUCGACCUUUCACCUUUCCUCCCUCGACGAUCGUCACAGUCCGCCUGCUGCGCUGCGGGGACUGGCCUGGUCAAACAGCGACCAUGAGACAACGCGCGUCUCUCGAUAUUCUUGCCGAUGAUCCGGGCGCGCCGGCCGUGCUCGACCAUGCCGAACCCAAGAUUGCUACCGGCCGGCGACCAAAGCGAGACUCGCGCACGAGCUCCUCGAGCAGCUCGCCCGCCCCUCCCGACCAUGAAGAGUCCGAUUUUUUCCUCGCUGGAAACGACUCCCAGUCGUCUCUUGGGGUGCCCAACUUUCAGGACAUGCAGGUCACCGACGACGAGUGUCUUCCGCCCGUCCACCGAUUGCCGAACGAGAUCCUGAUCGCCAUCUUCGCGAAGCUCAGCAGCUCAUCAGACCUGUUACAUGUCAUGCUGACGUGCAAGAGAUGGGCCCGCAAUGCGGUUGAUAUCCUCUGGCACCGCCCUUCGUGCUCGACCUGGGAGAAGCAUCAGAUCAUUUGCCAGACGUUGAGCCUCGAGAAUCCCUACUUCUCCUACCGCGACUUCGUCAGGCGUCUAAACUUGGCCGCUCUUGCAGACAAGGUCAACGAUGGCAGUGUACAGCCUCUAGCCGAGUGUACCCGGGUUGAACGUCUCACCUUGACGGGUUGCAGCAACCUGACGGACUCGGGGAUCAUCGCCCUCGUCAAGAACAACAAGCAUCUCUACUCCCUCGACGUUUCAUUAAGCGCGACAACAAACACUGGUGGUCCUGUUUUCCGCGACCACAUCACAGAAGCCUCGAUCGAUGCCAUCACCGAGAACUGUCCGCGUCUGCAAGGCCUCAACAUUUCUGGCUGCCAGAGGGUUUCCAAUGAGAGCCUGGUCCGGCUUGCCCAACGCUGCAAGUACCUCAAGCGGCUCAAGUUGAAUGAUUGCACUCAGCUCCAGGAUAGCGCGGUCCUCGCGUUCGCCGAGAACUGCCCCAACAUACUCGAGAUUGACCUUCAGCAGUGCCGGUUCAUCGGCAACGAACCGAUUACCGCGCUCUUCACCAAGGGCCACGCGCUGCGUGAGCUCCGCCUCGCCAAUUGCGAGCUGAUAGACGACUCGGCCUUCCUUUCGCUUCCGUCGAACAGAAAGUAUGAGCAUCUCCGCAUUCUCGAUCUGAGCUCCAGCAUGGGGAUUACCGACCGAGCCAUCGAGAAGAUCAUCGAGGUCGCACCACGACUUCGAAACCUUGUGCUGCAGAAGUGCCGCAACCUGACGGACGCUGCGGUAUACGCCAUUUCCCGUCUCGAGAGGAAUCUGCAUUUCCUCCACUUGGGUCACUGUAACCAGAUCACGGACGAUGGUGUUAAGCGGCUCGUUUCGAUGUGCACCAGGAUCAGAUACAUCGAUCUUGGUUGUUGCACUAAUCUUACCGACGACUCGGUCACCAGGCUUGCCAACCUCCCCAAGCUGAAGCGGAUCGGCCUUGUCAAGUGUGCGAAUAUCACAGACGCCAGUGUCAUUGCCCUAGCGAACGCGAACCGGCGGCCUAGGAUGCGCAGGGAUGCGCAUGGGAAUCUGAUACCGGGAGAGUACAGCAGCAGUCAAAGCUGCCUGGAGAGAGUUCACCUGAGUUACUGCACCAACCUGACGCAGACGAGCAUCAUCCGACUCCUGAACUCUUGCCCUCGCUUGACUCACCUUAGCUUGACCGGGGUCCAGGCGUUCCUGAGAGAGGACUUGGAACGGUACUCCCGCCCUGCGCCACCUGAAUUUACGGAUCACCAGCGGUCCGUCUUUUGUGUCUUCUCGGGGCAAGGUGUCGUCGGUCUGCGGAAGCAUUUCAACCGAUUCAUCGCCGCGGCAGAGGAGUCGCGGCGCGCCAACCGGGCUGUGAUUCAAGCAGACGCCCCGAUAUUCCCUCCCGCACCUCAGGGUGUGCUCAUUGACGUUUCCGUUCCAGUUGAUGACGGAGACCCUGAUGGAUUGGAUGACGAUGACGUUCCCGAAGACGGGUCCGAGAUGGUUGUCGACACACAGUCAUUGCUCGGCCAUCACAACAUCGGGCAUGGUCACCACCCCAUGGCGGCGGGGGCCAUCCCCGUCGUCCCUCCUCCGAUACCAACCAUGGCGCAAGCCCUUCCACUGGGGGGUUCGACUGUUCCAGCUGCCAACGUUGAGGAGCAAGCGACGACGUUUCCAACACCGGGCGUUCAUCCGCCGCCCGACACCACUGCUCCUGGAUCCUCUUCCCCUUCCGGGCCGGGGGAGGUUGGUGGUGCUGACGAGGAUGAUGUGGUCCAGGAGGCUGCCAACGCGGCUGGACAAGGCUCGACAACGAUUGGCAUGGACGCACAUGGUUCCGGGGGGUCUAUGCGCGUUUCUGUGAUCGUUCCGGUUGAUACUUCGAUCCAACCUGAGCCGAACGCGCAACCCGGCCCUGGUCAGGAGGUUCAGGGUGCUGGUGGGCUUUAUGGGAGUACAUGAGAAGCAUCACGUCCAGCAUGCGGUGACAACUGGAUAUGGGGUGUGUAAUCUUCGCUCCGAGCAGUGGGAAGAGGCACGCGGAAAUAUGGAUACCCGGAGACAUCUGGAAUGACUUUACGCUUUCUCUCUUUCUCUCGUUUUCUUACUUUUCCUUCUUCUCCCUUUCCUUGUUUCUCUGGCUUGUUCAUUAUAGAGCGGCCUUCUUUUCGGUUUGACUCUCAGUUACGGUUCAGCGUAUAGGUUGGGUUCUCGGUCUACUACUAUGCCUGGUUUAGUACUGAUGAUGGAGGACCGGAAUGACGCAUCUUGAGGUAGCAGAAGCCUAUCCUGUUAUUCCCUCAGUGUUCCCCCUUCGCGCAGCGAAAUUGAGGACUAGUCGCUGGUCAAUUGCCCUGUUUUCCUCUGGGGUUUUCUUUGUUGGGUCUUAUAAGUCGCAUCGCAUUCAAGGGCUAAGCCGGGUUAUGACAGGAUCGGCGUUAAUACGAGACACGUUUGGGUUUUUUUUUUUUUUUUUUUUCAUAGGGACUUACAGAUGACAGAUAUGAGUUAUGCCCGGAACAGACAGGUAAUAUGGGGGGAAGACUGUUGUUUUUUGGGUUGCGAAGACAGGCGAGAGAAGGACUACGGCCGUGGCGAAACGGUUUGAUCUCCGGAUGCCGCUCUAUAGAGUGACUUGCCCUCAAACCUACGAUAUGCACACGAUACUCUCACAUUGCAUCCCUUGCCGAUAGGAAUCGGCUCGCUUCGUGGUCUGUAGUCCAGACAAGAGGGAUAAGUUAAUCAGAACAUGAACUGGGUGCCGUUCGAAUCACUUCCCCACUCUCUUUCCGCGACCAGACUGGCACAA